AUGGAGAUUCCCAUGGGGACCCAGUGCCACUUCUCCAAGGGCUUCCUGCUCUCAGUCCUGGCCCUCUGGAUCCCCCAAGGCUCCUGGGCAGCCCUCCGCAUUCAGAAGAUUCCAGAAAGACCUCAAAAGAAUCAGGACCUCCUCCUGUCUGUCCAGGGCACCCCAGAGACCUUUCAAGACAUCAUCUGGUACCAGGGGAAGGAGACAAGUGGUGGCACAAGGCUGUUCUCUUACAUCACUGAUCAACAGCGACCCCAGAGAGAUGGCAGUGCCAUGAGGCAACGUGACAUUGUUGGCUUCCCCAAUGGCUCCAUGCUGCUGCGUCACGCCCAGCCCAGUGACAGCGAUACCUACCACGUAGAGAUUAUCGUCAACCCUUCUUGGAUCAUGCGGGCCAAGACCAAGGUCUGGGUGGCCGAGAAAGAGAAAAGUCUCCCAUCGAUGCAUCUGCCUGUAAGCGCUGGGACUAUGGCUGCCAUCAUCACUGGAUCUCUUGUUGGGGGGUCCGUCUUCAUUGGCAUCAUUGCCUAUCUCCUGGUGACAAGAGGCUGGAGGGGCAGGAGCCACAGACUGUCUGCUCCGGAAUGCCAGGGAUCUUCAUCUGUCUUGUUCCCAGCUGUGUCCCCAGCGCCUUCAACAGCAUCCAGCUCAUGGUUGGCGACCGCGGGGAAACCGGAGCUGGGCCCCAGUCACGACAGUGGUGACAACAACAUCUAUGAAGUAAUGCCGUCUCCAGAGCUCCUGGUGUCCCCUCUUAGUGACACGGGGUCCAUGAACGCCACCACGCCCCCGUCCCCGCCCCCGCCCCCGCCCCCGCCCCUGCAGCUGAUACCAGAGAACGGCCAAUACCAGGAUCUGCUGAACCCCGACCCUGCGCCUUACUGCCAGCUGGUGCCGUCUGCCUGA